AUGUUUGUUUUAUUCUUGAUUUAUUAAUGCUUUGCUCAAUUUAAUAUAUUAACCACAAUUGGAGGGAAAAAUAUUUCAAUAUAUGAAAAUUAAGUGCAGAAUCACUAAUUUAGUGUGCAAGAAUAGUAUUAAUGCCAUCCAUCGGAGUUGUUUGAGGAGGAUUAUAAAUAGGAUAGCAGAAUAUUUUAUAUUUAAAAUUUGCAUUCUAAUGCCUUAAACUUAAGCAUCAUACCUAUAUCACUUAAACCUCGAGAUAUGCAAUUAAUAAAUGUUACAAACUAAGUUGAGUAACAAGAAAUUACAAUUGAAGGAAGUUCAAUCUCAGAAUACAAAAUAUUUUAUGAAUGCUAUUAGGAUUGGGCUUAUGUUGAAUUACACGUGCGUUAUGGAAAGACAAUUCUAAAUUUUCGAUAUAUAAAGAUUUGUGAGGAGAGUCUCUAUUAUCACGAUUACCCUGAUUUGAUACUGGGAGUGAUGGCUUGCAUAUUAACGUAUAUAGGUGCAAUUUAUGGAUAGAAGAGAUUCAAAUUGAAGCAAGAAUAAGCAUAACAACAAAUUGAUGAAUUAGAAUCAAGUGAUUCAUUCUACAAAGCACGACAAAUUUACUCUCCUUAAUAUUCACAGCCAGAACAAGUAAUGAAAAUAGGAGAUUUUUAAACAACAUCCGGCUCUGCACAAAUAAUAGCAGCAAAGGGAAAAGAGACUAAUUUCAAGUUGAAAAUAGCAUUGUAUUUAUUUUUUGUGAUUGGAUACUUAACAGCGUUAAAUUUAUUAGAACAACUAUCUUUAUUGGAGAUCCCAAUUUAUGGGAUAUAUUUUAUUUGUGUUUAAAUAGCUAUGACAGAUCUAUUGAUUUUCAUCGUAUCAUCAUCUAUUUCUCCUUAUAUAAAACUACCGGUAUAUGGACGAGUAAAAUUGGUGAACUUAUUUACUUAUUUGCUUCAAUUUGUGUACACUUUCUUUUUAAUAAUGACAGACAAUUGGGUGUUGAGAAAUUUCAGUUCUGUUUGCUUGCUAUUUUAAUUAAUUAGAUUCAUGAAGUUUUAUAAUCUUCAACAAUUACUAUCAGUGUAUUGUUUUAUUUUUGGGAUGUCAUUCUUCAUUUAGUAUUAAUUUUAGAUUGAAUUCCCAAAGUUGUAUUUUCCAAACACUUUUUUUCUAGAGAAUCCAAAGUUGACAUGUUCAAGUACAAAUUUAUUGUAAUUAAUGUUCCCUUGUUCUUUAUUAACCUUAACAAGAUACUUUAGUAAAUAAACCAGAUCACAUACAAUACUAUUUAAAUUGGGAUAUUUAAGUUAUGUUAUUGGUUUAUGUCUGAGUUUGAAAUCAAAUGAGACUGAACUCUUGUAGACAUUGAUAGAUAAUCUAUUGCCAGCAAUUAUGAUCUUUAUAACAAUAAAUGUGUACAGUGUUGCAAAAAGAGAGAUGAAAUAAAUGUAUUCAGGAAUAGAGCCUGGAUUACAUAACAGAGCAAUUCAAUAGUAAUAUAGUUAUGAAUUAACAAUUGAUAAAUAUAAUAAAAAUUAGUGA